CAAACUAGUUGUCAGUUGUCGGUCGGCGGCGACAGGUGUGUGUCGUGUUUGUGAAAAGUGCGCGGAGCUCCGACAAUGGCUCUGCUCAGAAGAUUGGCCAUUACAUCGCCCAGCAACGUCCGCGUCCUGUCCAGCUUGCCGAAAAUUAGAGACGAACUCGACCUCAAUUUUAAUAGCCCCAAAGAUGCGUUCAAGAGCAAAAAGACCAGCGAACUGGUCCGGGCAUAUGUGGUCUACCAGAUUUGCUCGGUGAAUUGGAUCGUGGAGAACAAUGCUAUGUUGAUGAAGAGGCUCCGUCAAGUAGUCGGGCAGAAGCUGUUCGAGGCGAUCAUGAAGGCCACCUUCUACGGCCAGUUCGUCGCCGGCGAGGACCAGAACACGAUCAGACCUACUAUCGAGAGGUUGCGAUCAUUCGGCGUGAAGUCGAUCCUGGAUUACUCUGUUGAAGAGGACCUCUCUCAAGAAGAAGCUGAGAAGAGAGAAGUCAGCGCCUCCACUUCCUCAUGCGGGGAUAGAAACGAGGAGGGCCAACUGAAGCAGUACCACGUCGAGCAAAAGUUCGCCGACCGCCGGUACAAGGUCACCAGCGCCAGGACAUACUUCUACCUAAACGAGGCUUCCUGUGAGAAAAAUAUGGAAGCGUUCCUGAGGAGUAUCGACGCUGUGGCGGGUAUAACCAAGAGCACGGGACUUAUGGCCGUCAAACUUACUGCCCUGGGCAGGCCACAACUUUUGCUCCAACUCUCCGAGGUGAUAAUGAAGGCCCGGAGCUACAUGCAGCAGAUCGGCGGCGGCACAGGCAACGUCCUCACGCACCACAAGACCAUCGAGGACUUCCAGCGGUACUUCGGAGACCAUAAAAACAAGCCCGAGGUCCAGGAGUUCGUGAAUAAGAUCACGUCUGAUAAGCAGGGCAUUGUGCACCUGUUCCCGUGGUCCAACAUCCUGGACAAGGACAUGAAUCUGUCGGACUCGUUCCGCGUGCCGGACCCCAAGACGGGGCAGAUGAGGAGGCUCAUCUCGCAGAUCUCGCCCAAGGAGGAGGAGAUGUUCAGGAACAUGCUGCGUCGGCUCAACCACAUCAUUCAGGUGGCGAAUGAAAAAGACGUGAGGAUAAUGAUCGACGCCGAGCAGACUUACUUCCAGCCGGCCAUCUCCAGGAUCUGUCUCGAGAUGAUGAGGAGGUACAACAAGGACAAAUUCCUAGUGUUCAACACGUACCAGACGUACCUGAAGAACACGUACAACGAGAUCGUGACCGACCUCGAGCAGGCGCAGCGACAGAACUUCUACUGGGGCGCCAAGUGCGUGCGCGGCGCUUACAUCGAACAGGAACGCGCCCGCGCCGCGGCGAUGGGCUACGAGGACCCCACGUGUGAAAAUGUUGACGCCACCACUGCGUCCUUCCACAAGUGUCUCAAGGAGAUCCUCAGCAGGGCCAAGACUGGCCCGCAGCAAGGGCGGGUGGGCAUCAUGGUCGCGUCGCACAACGAGGACACGGUGCGGUACGCGAUCCGGCUGAUGCAGGAGCACGACAUCAAGCCCGACGACAAGGUGGUCUGCUUCGGCCAGCUGCUGGGCAUGUGCGACCACAUCACCUUCCCGCUCGGACAAGCCGGCUACUCGGCAUACAAAUACGUGCCAUACGGCCCCGUGCUUGAGGUGCUGCCGUACUUGUCUCGACGAGCCAAUGAGAACCGGGGCUUCCUCGUCAAGAUCAAAAAGGAGAAGGGUCUAAUCCUUAAGGAAAUAUUCCGUCGCGUUUUCACUGGCCAGAUGUUCUACAAACCAGAUGGUAAAUACACGCCUGUGUAAAUAUAAUGAUAAGACUUUGAGCUGUAACUUUGUAUUCUAAUUUGAUCGCGUUUUGCGUGAACGUAAGUCAAUUUCGUACGUGUAAAUGUCGUUACCAAGUCUCGAAUCGAUGAGUGGUUUUUUAUGACAAAUGCCACUCCGUUGCCGGCCGACAAACAGCAACUAGAUUAUUUGGACUUGGAAAGAAUACUGAACGCCUAUUUCGGAUGCCAUAGUUAAAUUGUGGUAUGAUGUGUCGUAAUCUACUUAUACAGUAUUUGUUUUAAAUUAACGCUUAUUUCCUUAGUCGAAAAUAAAUAUAGCGCUGUUGAUUCACGGCGUUUGUAGGUGUUAAAAUCGAAAAGUCAUGCAUUUGUGCGUCCAUUUUGAAUAAUCAGUUUUUGUACAGGGUUAGAAUUAAACACACUAUCUUCAUUACAUACGAAUCGUUUAGUCGACUAUAAUGAAUGUAGCAAUACAUAUAAUGUCAUUUUACACGAACUUGUCUUAGUGUACUGCCGUGCACCCUGCUGUACAUAAUAACAAUUUAUUUUAAGACAAUAAUAUAUAUAUUUGCUAUAGAGUUGUGUAAAAGUAGAGCAUUAGGGCGUUUGUCAAAAAUAGCCAGGUCAAUCCUUACUAUACUAUGCUAUAUAUAUAGUAAUAAUAAAGUAUAGAAGCGUUAAGUAUGUACGGCAAUCGAAAAUGCAUUUUUGUCAGUUUUUAAAAUGUAUUUAUUAGUUUUUUGUUAUAUUGAAGUAUACAUUGUUACUUUUUACAACUUCAAGAUAGGGUUAUUUCAGUGUAGUAAGUUAAAACUGUAUAUCUAUAUACUAGUCAAGUUUUUUUUUGUAAAAAAAAACUCUGAAAUAAUGAAGUUUAACUUACAGAUAUUGAAUCGGACAGCCUCAAGUAAUUUUGUCAUAAUAUUUAGUCACUCGAAUCUCAUGUACACUGAAUAAAAAAAAAACGUCAUUUUACAUUAAAAUACGUACUUUGUUGAGUUCUUGCGCCAGCCGUACUUUAAUUUGUUAUUUAUGAAUUUAUUAUUAUUAAAAUUAUGUAAAAUGAUCACAAUGUCGAUAGAAUAAUUUGAAAUAAUGUUGUAUUUUAUAUUUAUUUUAAAUAAACAAUUGCCAGAGGCAAUUUUUGCCGUUUCCUGUGUUAUUUUCGAUUCCCAGGUACAUUACUCACAUGUAUUAUAUAAAUGUUUCACCAUUUAUUACUGCCAAUGUAAUCGGGGAUCUUAACAUUGUAAUUAUAACCACAACAUGGUCUAUGGUUACUGUUGCGAAUCUUUUUUUAGCACUGAGAAAAAUAAACAUAUAUCCUUUACGUAUAUGUCGUAGGAUUAGCGUAGUGACUACGGAACGACAUUGCAUUUUCACUAGUAAAAUCUGGUAAUUUAUUAACUAAUUUACCUACCUACGUGUCAUUGUGAUUCAACGGUCAUUUAUAUAUAAUUUACAAUAAUCCUGCGAUAUAUAUGAGCUGAUAUGACCCUAUUCGAUAUCAUUUGUUAACAUUUUAAAAUCUCCAAUUGUACGUGCACUGGAUAUUCAGUUCCUAACCUACAUAAGUGUUGGCUUCUUUUGAAUGUUCAUCGUAAUGUCUGGGGCCGUCCAAAAUGGCGGGUAGGAGGUUUCAUUACACGGGAAAUAUCUGGAAAAUGUACAAAUGGUUACGUCUAUAAACAACAUUUAUAGAUUUAUAGAUCUGUGUACCUGCAUUGUUCUUGUUGAAUAUUGUGUUGAUGAAACCUAACCAUCCUGACAUUGCUGAAACGGCUUAUUGUGAAUUGUGAUAAAUGAUUUGACUAUUUAUAAUUGGUAGUUAAAUGAGGUGUGUUUUUAAUAUUAUUUUACAUUGAUUAAGGAUAUAGUUAAGCAUAAUAUCCAUACUAUAUAAAAAAUGUGGAUGUAGUAUUGUUUCUUUGUAACUUUUUAAAGCCUUAACCUAGAGCUGUUAACUAGUGUUUUAAUGACGUGUUAAACAUAAACUUAUUUUUUAAUCAUAAGUGUAUUUGCAAAUUAAACCACGGGCGCGGUUACUAAAAUUAUGUUUGAGGUUGUAAUAAGUUGAAAGAAGGAUAUUUAGCUUAAUUUAAUUGGUCUAUAUGUGUCAUUUAACUACCAAUCAUACAUGCUCACUUCGUUUGAACACGUUAGUCGAAUUUAAUUAUUAUUGGAUUAUUAUUUCCUCGUUGCAAUUUUUAUUUCUAAGCGAUUUAAAAUUUCGUUCAUAUCUCGGCUAAUUGUGAUGCUAUUUUUAGAUUAUUUUACGAAUAGACUUUUAAUAAAGACAAGAUUCGUUUUAUUAA